UCUGCUUUCACUUUAUCCACAUCCGUACUUCAACCGCCAAAUAUGCGUUUGACAUGUUGUCAUUCUGAAGGGGGUUCCUGUGGAGAAAGCAGCAGCUUUUGAGAGGACGGCAGCUUCAGGAGUUGAGGUUUUAUUUUCUGAAGCUUGUUAUAGUGGAGUCUACCACAUCAACACGAAGAAUGGACAAACUUGAUAAAACUCUGAUCAGUUCACUGCUUUUGGCAGGUCUAUUUAGCAUUGCUUUUAGCGACACCUGGAAGGCAACUGUCACAGAGCGUCUGGAUGCCCUGGUAACCUCCUGCGUUGUGGUGCCCUGUUCUUUUAGCCAUCCUGGAAAACCCCUACCAUCUUCCAAACUCCGAGGCAUCUGGCAUAUUUCCACAAAAAGAGAGGACGUGGUCUUCAAUGAGGAUCACACAAGGAUCUUGGACGAGUACAAAGGUCGAACAAGGAUGCUCGGGCUACUUGGUCAGAACAACUGCACCUUAGAAAUAAACGAUGUGAAAGAUCACGACAAUGGCCCUUUUUGUUUCCGGAUCGAACUAGUGAAGUCAGAGGGAGAGAAGUUUUCCUUUGUCGAAGACUGUGUUGACCUCACAAUGCAACAUUCCCCUCCAGAAAUCCAACUAUACCCGUCAACGACAGCAUUAGAAGGAAAAGCUUACACAGCUACUUGCAAAGUCCGCCACACCUGCCCAUCAUUCAUGCCUAAACUGUCUUGGAGUCGGGGAAAAGCAGAUCAGAUUUUAGAGAGGCAUGAACAGCUGUCCCCUGGAAACUGGAUGAUGGAGUCUGUCCUAACUUUUAUUCUUGAAGAGAAAGAUGAUCACAGUGAGCUGAACUGCACAGCUGUAUUUCACGGAGGAAAGACAACUACAAAAACCUUACAUCUUUAUAUAAAGCGUGCAGCAAACUACAAGAACAUCAUCAUUCCAAUUGUUGUGUUGAUUGUGACUGCUGGAGUCAUUGGAUUGGUCUCAGCUUUAAUUGUGAAAAAAUACAAACAACGUAUUAUUGAGCUCCAGAGUCAGGAGGGGAGCGUUUGGAAUCGGAUGUCCAGACUCUCCCGAAGGUUUCGAUCGAAUGCCCCACCAUCCAGGAGUAGACAAAGAGGAAACGUUGCUGAACAGAAAAUCUUCAAAGCUCGUGUACCUUCCCCCAAAAGCCAACCGAAAAGCAACAACUACCAAGAGGACCAUGACGACGACGACUACCAAAACACAGCGGACCUCAACAUUUACGGAAACGUGUGAGGACCAACUUUGCAGAAGCAACUUCAAAACAAUCACAAUUAUCUGAUGAAAUUAUAAUAACUUUUAUGUAAAAAUUCAAUUUUAGCAAUGCUCAAUUUACUAUAAAAAAGUGCUUUAAUUAAUACAUAGCUGUGUGAUAAACUGUAAUGUGAAUUUUAAUUUUCAUUUUUUUGGGCGGGUGAUUUUAUGAUUAUUUUAUAGCUUUUUUUUUCUUUUUUUAUUUACAGAACAUGUA